GAAAAACGCCAAAAACCAUUAUUUUAAUAUCUGACCUAAAAACAGGAAAAAGGAAAGAGCGGGAACUUCGUCUGCACGGUUCAGUGCAACUUCCAUCGACGCAGAAACCCUAGAAAUCCAAAUCCCCCAUGCAUCGUCGCUCGAAUCCUCUGCUAUUCUUCAAUUCGUAGCGAAAUCGAAUCGAAUCGGUCCCUCUAGCCAUGCAAAUCGAUCCAUUCGCGUCGAUCGUCGAGCACUGUCUCGUCCCGCCCCCACAAGAACGGCUCCUGCGGAGCUGCCGCUUCGCCGGCGAGCCGGAACCGCCGGCGGCGGUCGUCGCCGGCGGCGGCGGCGGCGGCGAUGGGGGGGUGGGGCCCCGGGAGGCCGGUGAGCCCGCGGUCGAUCCCACGGGGGUUUUCAUGGUCUCGCUGUCGGAGAGCGCGCGAAACGACGGGAGUAACCCUCAGGAGGACGUCUACCACACGCCGCCCGAGCAUUCCGCGAGCGAAGGCGACGCGGCGGCUGUCGAUUGGGGUUGCCCGGACGGCGGGAGGGCCGUCGAUCUGGGGAGGGACACGGAUGUGGGUUUCUCGGUGGAGCUGGAAAUGACGCAGAGAGUUGAUACUGAGUCUCACCUUGGCGUUUUGAACGGAGAAGCAGAAAAGACGGGAACACCUGCUUUCGGUGAGAGUUUGUGGGAGUCUCCGGCGAAGAGAAUGAGAUAUUCAGGGAGUCCUGAAGUGGUGAAAGUUAAAACUAAAGAGAUUUUGGGGGUAUCAUCAGCUUCGAGGGAUCGCUCAAUUGCUAAUCCUGCCGAAAGUUUGAGAAUUUUGGAGAUAAAGUUGCGUUUGGAGGCUCCGGAUGCUCCUUUAGGAGUAGUGACGGAGAAAAUCAGGGAGAGCUUGGUGAAAUCUGUGGAAAAUUUGAAGAACUACGGGUUUAAUUUACAGAGAGAUGCUGAAAUUUGCGAAGGGAGUUCGCGGAAAAGGAAGUUGAAUUUGGGUGUCAAGUGUCUUAAUGACGCAAGGAUCAUGGAUUUGGAGGUUGAAGAAAGAGAUGGCGGGUUGUUGUCCAGAGAGCACAUGGUGAAGGAUGAUUCAGCAGUUAAUGAAGUUGAUAGAGGUACUGAGGGCACUGUGAUCAAUAAAGAAGUUCCUCCAAUGGAUAAUGGACGAAGAAUUGCUUGUGAAGAAUCGGGACAGAAGAUCGUGGAAAGACACAGCGGUUUAUUUUCCAGAGAACACACACCGAAGGAUAAUUCAGCAAUAAAUGAUGUCGAUAGAGUUACUGAGGGCACAGUGCUUGGGAGCGAAGUUCCCCCAACUGAUAAUGGACAACGAGUUGCUUGCGACCAAUUGGGUCAGAAGAGCAUAGAAAGUUUAUUGUCUGGACUGGACAUGGUCAAGGGUAAUUUAGCAGUUAAUAAAGUCAGUAGAGGUACUGAGGGCUCAGUGAUUGGUAGAGAUGUUCCUGCAACUGUUAGUGGACAAAGAAUUGCUUGCGAAGAAACGGGUCAGAAGAGCAUAGAAAGAGACGGCGGUUUACCAUCCGGAGAGGACACGGUCAAGGAUAAUUCUGCAGUUAACGAAGUUGCUAAAGGUUCCGAGGGCACAGUGAUCGGUAGAGAAUUUCCUGCAACUGAUAGUGGACAAAGAGUUGCUUGCAAAGAAUCGGGUGGGAAGAGCGUAGAGGACAUUGAAAGUUUUAGAUAUACAGGAUGCUCGAGGAGUGAGGAAAUUGCCAUCAUCGAUUCAGGGACAAUCGAAAGAAAAGGAUGCGGAGUUGCAACCACAGCUGCCUGCUUGUUUCCCUUCAACAGAGAAGGAUGUGAAUUUUUUGGAUCUUUUGAAUAUGAUCGUGGGAACUCAUGGAGAUCCUAGCCUUGAAAAUAUAAAUAUUGUGGAUAUUGUGAAGAGUUGUGGCGUUACUUUUCCCAUACCACGGUGGUCACAAGAAGGGGAGAAUAGAACAGAAGAAAAAGAUCGAGGAUGAAUAGUUUGGAUGGUAGUUUUGGGAUUUUUGCACUGCUGUUCCAUGGUGAUUCGACUGUUUAGAGGACAUUGGCUGUGGUCCGAUGCAGUAGAUUUGAUCCAAUGACUUUCUUUCGGCAAAUAAUUGAUUUGAGGUCGAAGCUACUGUUUUGGGAACUAAAUUGAACCUUCUGAACCUGGAAAGAUGAAGAUACAGAUUGCUAGACCUGGGAAUUUGAUGCGAGUUAAUCCGGUAGAAUAGAUGCUGCUCACAGGAACAACUUCUCUACAAGAGGACUGCCAGAUUAUGUAUAGACAGCUUCUGUAUGUAUGGGUUUUUCUGUUUUCGCAAAAGAAUGCAGAAUGUAUAGCGGCUUUGUCAAUACAGAAAGUUCAGACUAUUGAGAUUA